AUGCGCACCCCGGCCGCCAUCUUUCAGCGUGCCUUCCAGGGUAUCCGCGAGCCGCUGCUCCUUAGUCGAUUAGACUCGUGGCCAGCACACUUUCAUCUGCGCACCUCUACCCUCGUAAGCCUGUCUGUCCGCCUGUCUGUGCGCGCGCUACCAGCACCCCUCCGAUGCGUCGGUGCGCCGCUGCUGAGUGAUGAGGGUCUGUCCGUCGGCGCGCUUCCAAGUGUCCGUACCGGGUGCAGCUGUGCGGCGGCGAGAGUACAUACAUUGCCGUCGUACGCGGCCACGCCGUCCGUCACCGCACACCCAGUAUGUAUGCCUCUCUCUCGCAGCGAGUACGCAGACGACGGCGGAACCCGGCCUUGCCCAUGCACCGUCAUGGCGACAUCUCAGCGCCGGUAUCACCAACACAUACGCUGCUGCUGCGCGUGCGAAGAGGGGUGGACUAUCAGCCCGCGGUGUUGCGGCGUGGAGAUUGGCCCGCCAGCUGGCGCGAUUAGGGCCAGAAGACAGUGCCGGUAUAGCACCAUUCGCGCCAGCGACUACUGUAGGCUCUCCGGUCAGGCUGCCCGCGGUGUGGCAGGUCGCUGGCAGCAGGCGGUCGCUUGUACAGCAGCCAGGGCGCCACCAGCGGUCUGCCCUCCGCUGUGCCCAUCCCAGCAGCCAGACCACCCACAGAAUUGCACAAUUGCGCACCAGAAAGCCAGCCCUCAGUGCCUUUUCGGGCCCGUUGAUAGCACGACCGCAAUUUCGCUGGCCAGGCGAGCAGAAAUGCGUCAUGCGGUUUGGGCAACUGGUGCGAUCGGCGCUAAGCCCUCGUCUAACUAUAGCAAACCGCGUGACACAGGACGGCCGGCGGGCGAUGGCCGUAUGCCAAGCGCGGUGAGCGUUGCCCUGCACCCAACCAUGUCGGCACCAACCGAGCCACACGUCGAUCGGGUCCUCUCGCUUUCUGCACCGGUAAAGGAAUGCGGUGCGAUUGAAGCUUCAUGCUCCCUUGCUUCCCACGCACAGGAGCCGAUGCUGCGAGGCAUGCGUGAUGAGGAUAGCCCUGUCAACCGCCUGUCACUGGUCCCUCCGCCACCGCACUGCUGA